ACACAAUCCUGAAUGCUAAUUUAAGCCAUUGUGUAUGAUUGUAUGAUAGUAUGGUUUUUGGUGGUGAUAAGUAAUGAAGACUUGGUGUAGGACGGUGUACAUGUGUUCCAAUUUUCUAGCACCCUUGAUACUGUAAAAUGGCUUCUUCAUGUGGUUUUUUUCUGCCUACAUAUUACUGAAAUGAAAGCCAAGAUGGCCAAAAACUUACCUUGGAAGCCUUCCAAAAUUUUGCAGAAAAAUGUUUUAAAAAGGGUGAUCAGAUAUGAUUAAGUUGCUAAUCGAAUUCCACAUGAAAAUAAUUAAUUCAGCAGUAAUGGCUUUGUUUAUUAGCACUCCUCACUUCAUGUUUUAUGUUAUUUUUUGUUGUAGUCUUCUUUGUAGCUCUAUAUUAACUGUCCCAUAACUCUGCUGAUGCCUGAAAAUAUGUAUCUGGAGCUGAGACCACUCAAGACACUUUGACAUGUUGUCUUAGUUCAGCAGUCAGUGUUCAGAUGGCAGGAGGCACUAUUUUGAACUUUUCAUGUAUCUGCUGUACAAUGCAAGAACACAGGUUUUCAUGGCUUUAAGACAAUAUAUUUUUCAGAUCAGUUUUUAAUUACGCCCUUUUUGAUGGUUCCAUUGCCUGUCCAGGACCCACACUACAUAUUAAUGUAGUCUAUCUAUUUUCUGAAAUAACCAGUGGAGGCAGCUCAAUUUAGUCAUCCUGUUUAUUUAUUCUUCCUUGUGAGAGGGGCAGGGGUGAGGUCAAUUCCACUGCAUCUAUAGAGUUCAAAAACAGAGUCACUGCUUUUAUGCAUCGGACAAAAUUACAAUGAUGUUAAACUUAUAUUUUGAGCAUCAGUGAAAUAUUGUGUUCAAGACACAAAGUUCAGUAAUAUCAAGAGUUAAAGAAAGGCCAUAAGUUCUUGGAAAUAUAGACAACCGGUAGAUCAUUGCCCUUUUAUUUCCAUUAUCAAGUGGGUCAGAUUCCUCGUCUACCACCAAUCCCGGACAUGGCUGGAAUGUUGUAUCUGGCCACAUUGAUAACUUACUUGCCUGAUUCCUGGACCUGUCUGCACUGUCUGUACUGACCAAGCCAGAGAUGCACUAACCAUACCACAACCAAGAAGAACUGCCUCUGUCUGACAGUGUCAAUAUAAUCAGUUUUGACUGGUAUCUUUUUCAGAUCCAACAGUUCUUAGGAAAUUGUGUAGGAACAUUUUUUCAUAGCUACGCUAAAAGAUUCUAAUUUUUGUUUUAGACGAGUAAAAAUUUGCAUUGGCUUGCGGGUCAUUGAGUGCAGGCAGUGUUUGAGCCUCUUGUAUUGGUAGGUGGUGCAUGAUUGUAUUAAUGAGUGUGAAGCAAUAAUGUUUUGGGCUUCUUCAGUGAAAUUCCUCUAACAGAGUGCCAAGCAAAGAAUAAUCCAGUAGUCCAUCAUAAAAAGGUUGGGAUCAAACUUUCAAGGAAAACAAGUUGGUUGAUUUACAUAGCCAAACAUUUCUAUUCGGUUUAGUUUUGUUAUAUAUACAUUUUGUACUAUCAAUAUCAUGAGAAAAACCUUGAGAUGAGUUACAACAUUCCCUUUCUAAACAUAAUUAGAUUUGUAGCACUUAUUUAUCCGUUCUUAGAAAACCCAAAGCUUUUUCAUUGAAGAUGAUUGUGUUUCUGGAUAAUGUUACUUCCAAACCUUGGCCUGUGCACUAUCUUUACUACCAUUGUGGUCCAGUGUAACAAGGGGCUAAUUAGUUGAUCCCUUCCCAAGGAACUCAUUGCUAUCUAAUAAUUACACUCAAACGCCUUACAUUGUAUAUUGAAAACCUUGGCCUAUUAGCGUUGUUUACUACACAAUUGGCCAACAAAACAAAGGGUUAAAGAGCUGAAACAAUCAGUACUGAAUUAGUGGCUGUACUGAUGAGGAUAACCUGAAUGCAUCUGAACAUCAUCUUCAUCUAACAGUGCGUGUUGCUCGUUGUGUGAAUUCAAUGAAUGGAUAAGCUGAUGACCAUUACCUUCUCACGCCACCAGGCCUGGACAUAUCUUUGCCCUCGAGAUAAGAAAUAUUGUGACAGGAGGACCAAUCCAUCUUCACGCCAAGUGUCUGCAAGGGAAUACAUCAAGAGUUGCUUUUAACAGAUACCUGCUUCAAACUGCACCUGUAAAAGAAGACUCGAGAAUGACAAGAUAUUGACUAGUUUGUGUUUGGGUAACAAGUGAGCCUACCUUUACUUCAAAGACUUUUUCUUUCGUCUUUGUCUCAUGUUAUUCUUAGCACUCCUGUUCACCGAAUCCUAGUAAGUUUCAUCUUGGUCAAAACAGAGAAACCGGAAUUAUCUCUAACAGUUGGAGAGUUCUGAGUGUGACUGUAGACAUUCAGGAUCCAGUUUGUGAUCUUGAGAUCGGUUUGAGAUAUGGCAAUACUGCUCACUCAGAUAAGUUCCCAGUUAGUGAUGAUUCAUAAGUGUGUUAACUCACAAACAAGUCUGAUAGGAUUGGUGAAGUGUAAUUCCUCAUUCCAUCCGUAUUGUUACCAUCAAUGCUCAAAGAUCCCUCUAGGUCAUGUCUUAGCUGUGGAUUAACCAUUUCAGGUUUGGUUAUCAAGUGGUCCCCUCUGUUGAUUCAUGUUACCAUUGUUAGGGACCGGGAGUGCAAGCUUACAACACAGUUUGGAACAAGAUUUGCUGAUCAAAAGAUUCCCGAACAGAUGGAGUAUGAAAAGGAACUCAGCUGAUUGAUUCUCAUAUAAAAUUACUUCUUUGGCAUAAAGGAUUAUAUUGACACCAGACAAAGAUGGAGAUAGCUAAUUAUGACAAUGUUGCUGGCAACAGACACUCGAGCUAUAAAUUGUUGCUGAACAGUAUUGCAGAUGACCUUGACUUUUUGCUCAAUGACCUUUAUAAGAAUCCCCCAUUUGGAAGCCAAGAAGGUCAGACUGCUGGCUCAUCACAAAUUGAUCACAGGGCUAGUCUUCUGGAGCAGUAUGUAGCAGCCGGUGUUGAUGAUGAUGAGACGAUAGAUGAGAGCCUUGCUGGUAGGAAAGCAUCAGUCCUCUCAGCACAUCUUGAUAUCUUUGGACUGGAUGAUGAAGAUAAGGGCCUGCACCUCCCAACCCAAAAAGUGACAGCCAAUGGUGAAGACGCUGCAAUGGAGCAGCGUUGUAACACGGGGGACGAGCCACGGUUCAUCCCGUUGGUGGAACGCCUUAUCAAGACACACUCAGUAUGGUACCUCCCUAUGGUGGAUAGAGCAGGGGCCAUGAAAUCUCUCAAUGGCAAGGAAGAUGGGGUGUUUAUUGUUAGGCAGUCAAGUCACAAGGAUACCAUGGCCCUUUCGUUCAGAUUUGCUGCCAAGCCUGGAGGUUUUGACCACUACCUGAUUGAGUUCACAGGUCGUGGGUUGAGGAUUGAGGGCUCCCUACACUUCUUCCCUGUGAUGCCUAUGCUGAUUGCCCACUAUAUCGAGAAACUCGAUGAGCUACCAUGCCAACUGCGUCUUCCAGGAGCCAUACUCAAAGCCAACACCUCUCACGAAUUGAACUCCAUUGCAUUAUUAGGAAAAGACUUCUGGACCUCCUCACUGAUCGAGUGGAGCAAACCUCACAACACUGUCGUGACAAGUCUCAUAGACAUCCAGCCAUAUCAAUCUUGUCCAAGCUCCCACAGUGUAAGCUCACCAGUCACCAUCAGCGACUUAUCAAAGAAGAGAAUAACAAAAGACAUUCUUCUCUCUCCGUCUUCUGAUUUCGAUACAUCAGAUUUACCGGAUAGUUUGUUCCAAGUUCCACAAACGGAGUGCUUCAUGUCAAAUUUGAAACCAAUGGAUAGUUCUGGCACUGGGACAACAAGUUCUCAGAACUCAUCGAGUUCUCAGCCAUCUAUGAAAUCGGAUGGCUCAAUGAACAGGGUGCUCAUGUCUUCCAAUAGCCCUCAUGUGCAAAAAUCUGAACUUUAUUCCUUCGAUACUGAAGAUUUACAUGGUCAAAAUCAAAUGGGUCAUGAAUCAUUCAUUUCGACAACUGCGAUCAGUAUUGGUGAUAGUUUAGAUACUACUGGUUUUGAUCAGGAGGACUCUGUUGCUGAUAGUGGUGGAGAAUCGGACAUUUCGAGUGACGGAAUGGAAGAUGGGGUCAGGGAUAUGUCAGCUCAGAAAGACAGUGAGAUGUUUUUCAAGGAUAGCAGCCCGUACUGUAAGGGUGACUUUCGGGAUCGUUUGAGCGAUUACGAAGAUGUCUGGACUCCGACUCCAGACAUGGAUAAAAAAGACAAUGAAUUUAACAUAGGAAACAUAAAAACUACUGCUACUAAACUGAACAAUAACACUGAGCUUGCUAAAGCACAGGAAGAGUUCCGGAACAAUCUAAAUGCAUUGACACGUGCCCUGUCUCUGAGUACAGGCAGUCUCAAUAUGCAUUGUGAGGCAAAGUCGCCUCAUAUUCUAAAAAGUCCAGGUCAUGUUGGGUUCAUGAACCCGGGCUUUGGUUGCAUUAGCAAACAAAUGAGUGUAGAAAGUUUGAACAUGAAUCAGGACAUUACCAAACGGUCACCGCUCAUUCAGCCAUAUUCAAAGGAAGGGAUUUUCAAUCCAGGAUUUAAAGACUCAUCUUUGGACCGAAGCACUAUGAACUCUAAAAGUAGCACAGAAGGAAAAAUCACAGAAGUGGAUUAUACUUUCGAAUUACCUGACGUGUCUCAGGUGACUAAGAGACCAGAAAAGUUAGACAUCAUACCAGUAUUCGAAACUAAGAAGAUGUCGUAUACCAGCACGUUAACUUAUGAGAGGAAGCAGAAGAAAACAGAACACACACAUGUUCCUGAUGUUCAUGUGACUGAAGUCAGACUUCAGGUCAAUCAAACACAAGCAGAAUCUGUUCCAGUCAAACCACAGAAGCCACGCCCUCCUCCACUGAAUCUUACGGCUGUGAACCAAGACACUGAUGCAAGGCUGAGGAAAUUCUCUAGUCCUCCUUAUGCCGAACCCGUAGAUGCCAUAUCCCCAGACACGUGGGUGCCUAGGAGUCCGAGUAGAUGCCCAGCUAGUCCUGGAAAAUUUCCGGUAAAUCCUAAGAGGGGCCCAGUUAGUCAAAGUACAGGACCUAUAAGAGCAACUAAGGCUUUGAGCAUGCAUGAUGAACAUGGGCAGUUAAAACAGGACUACAGACCAAAGAGUCAAACUGAGGUGAAACCAAUUGAGGCUAAAAGUGGGGCUAAAACUGAUGCUCCUUCUAACAUGUCCAACUCCAAGAAAAACCCACCCAUCCCACCGCGCAUUGGAUGGGUUCGGAGGAGAAAGUCUGCACCUAGCUUCCCGCUGAAUGCAAAUGUUCGAAAGUUGCUAUCUGGCAAAGGAAAAGAGAAGGAACAACCACUGACAGUGUCGCCUCCUAUGGGUAGACCUCCUCUUGGUCAGAAGCUUAACCAGAAAUCAAAUAGUAGGGAUCAACCGUUGUCGAGGUCGGAGCCCCAUGGCAACCUUGUCACAAACCAAGGUUCAUUAGAGUUCUCAAAUGCAUCCAAUCAACAUAUAAAGUUACACCGUUUGAAUGGAUUCAGUAGCGCAGUUCAAAAUGGUGGAAGGUAUAGGUUGUCGUCUCCUCCAGAGUUUCCUCUGCGCCAGGAGAAACCAGUGCCAUUCCCCGUUACCAAGGAGGAGGUAGCUGUGACAAAAGAUGAUUCAUACAGUGAUGGCACUCCCCCAAGGGCCACUGCCCAAUCAGAGUCAAACAAGGGAAUGUUCGAAAAAUUGGAAUCAAUUGAAGACGUCCCUGAGAAUCCUGAAGAACUGGAUUCGUUGGAUGCUACUAAGAAAGUUAAACCAGGGCGAAGACGGAGACUCCUAGGGCGGCCUUUGUCACUCAAGGUCGAGAAAGCACUUCCUCAAUUCAACAAAAAAGAAGCAAAGCGAUCCCUUUCCUUAAAAAAGUUGAAAGGUUCUCCAGUAAUUUCAGAACAGCUGCCUCUUCCAGCGGAUACAACCGUUCAAGAAACGAGCCCUAAAGGUUCAAAGAAAUCUUUCAGCAUAAAGGGGGACAAAUCCAUUGAAAGUUUGAGUGGGAGUAGAUCCUCAUUCGGUCAUCCAUGUUCAAUCUUUGGGUGUCAGUCGUCGCUCGAUCGUGAUUGUCCACUGUCUGAUACAUCGAGUUUCAAAUCUUUCUCAACAACUGAUCUCAGUACCAAAGGUGCUGACAGAUAUGACUCUGAAGAAGUGAAGUCUUCAGAAAAUGUUCAGAGGAAUGUGAGAUCCUCUGCAGAUUAUGAUGAUAGUACAUGUACUUUAUCUGUUAUAUCUGACCGGACUUCUUUUUCGGAUACGUCGACUGUUGAGGAUUUAAUCCGAGCUUGUUCCCCACAACUAACUCUCAAACCAGUGUGUCAGUUAACGAAGGAAAAUGUUCAACGUUUAUCUGCCUAUGACAACCUCCAUUGUAUCGAUGAACUUCAGUCCCCUGGGGAGAGUGUCGCUACUGUGUUCUGCAAACCAUGGGAUAGUACGAUAUGGGAGAAUUUGCUUACAGAUAACAAAGAGGGGAAGAAUCUUCCUUUGGAGGUUACACAGGCUGUCCAAGAAUGGAUGACAAGAUCGGGAAGUCUUAGUGAUGUUGGAUACACCCCUGCUCCUUUCACUGGCAAGACUGGUACGGCAUCUGUUGCGGACAGCUGGACAUAUCAAGCAGGAGAAUCAGAGCCAGCCACUCCACAGAUUAUCAAUCCUCCUAGUUUGACACCUGUUCCCGGCUCUCCCAGCAGAUCUAGUAUCAAGGAGUCGAGCCCAAGAGCAAGUCUGCAAGGCGUCAGUGGCCAUGAACCUAGCCCCAGGGCAAGUCUGCAACACCCACGGACAUCAUCUUUGCGGAGUACCCCAGAUCGUGACCAUCUUGAUUCAUCAAGUAAAAGAUCAUUACGCAAUUCCUGCGGUAUCGAUAUUGUUUCGCCAAGUGUACAUGUUCAUGAAGAUGCGGAUAACGUUUCAAAUUCAUGGGUGAAUCUCUCAUUGGAUGAACGGCGGCCAUCCUUCGCCAUGGAAGCAGUGGAAGACAUGUGUUUGACUUCCCAGUCUCCUCAACAACGACAUCAACAUCUCCAAUACGAAGAUGACAAGUCUGAUGUUAGUGAAAGCUUUAGGAAUAGGAUCAUGCCAUAUUUAGGUGCCAGGAAAGUUCAUAGUCUCAGAAACAAGGAAAAGGACCCUGGACUCAGAAUCAGGGAUUCCAUAUCUAGACUUGCCCUGGACCAGAAGACCACAUUUGGUUGUACCAUUGAGAACUUCAACAAGUGCACCAUUGAGAGCGCUGAGAUGAACCCGAAUAUUGUCAUGAGAAAUGUUCGUCAGUUCAUGUCUGGGAUCAAGAACUACCUGACCAAGCACGGUGAGGGAGAGCUACAGGACAUCAUUGAGAGAGAAAGGAAUAAGCUCCAUGAAGAUGAGUUCCUUAACAUCGAUGCCAUCAUUGAGGGAUCACUCCAUAAAUGUGUCGUCAAACCACUGAAACAACACAUUUAUUCUUUGUUUGUCAAACACCAUACAAAGAAUGGAAAUCUCGAACUACUUUCAUCCAGUAUUAAAUUUGCACGGAACAAAUCAUCAGUGGAGAUAGGUCUUAGGCCUGGUCUGAUACCUCCAAGAGGGACCAGUUUAGAUGAGAUCAAACACUACUUGGAUAAGAUGCAGAAGGCAUAUUCUCCACUCAAAAAACUUGAGAACCUACUUGGUGCUACGUCUGCCAUUUAUAAUGGGGUUGAAGAACAAGGUGCUGAUGAUAAAUCAAAAAAUUCUGUACCCAUGGGAGCAGAUGAUUUCCUACCAGUGUUUAUUUAUGUAAUCGUCCAGUGCGGCCUGAUCUCAGCUGAAAUCGAAGCGGACUACAUGUGGGGCUUGCUUCAUCCCUCCCUGCUGGCUGGGGAGGGAGGCUACUACCUGACAACACUCAGCAGUGCUGUUCAUGUCCUCAAAAACUUCAGUGACGAGGAGUUGGCAGGAGUUGGAGGAGCCGUAAAUCAUAGGAAAGCAUCCCGCUGCUCAAGUCUGAAUGACUCCAACAUGCAAGGAGUAAUGAAGAUCCUGAUACCAGAUGAGAAAGAUGAUACCAUCAGGUCUCAGCCUCUGCCAGUCAGGCCAAACAUGUCAACUAAGGAUGUCUGUAGCCUAAUAGCUCACAAGUUUAGAGUGACCAACCCACAAGACUAUGGUCUCUACACAUUAGUCGACAAGAGUGAAAUCAAGCUGCAGGAUGCUGAAUGUCCCCAGGUUGUGAAGUCCGACUACUCAGCUGUCGGAAUGGAAUGUCGCUUCGCCUACAAAAGAAAUGAUGCAGCAUUUGCUUGGCCGCCCAUGUCGCUUAGUCACUUGCCUGAACCUUUCAGCAGUGAAGGAUACAACUACAGCAAACGGUCAACUAGUCUGUCACACAUACGAACUGGACUAGAAUGAGAGACAAUACCAUGCUUAUCGCCUCACAGCAUAUAUGAGGACUUAGUAUGAGGCCUUUCCUAUUCUAUCGAACUCACUCUGGAGAAUCAGUUCCCCAACUGAGAGAUAAUCUUAUCUUUAAACCUGUCGACUUGCUGAGCAUCAGUCUCCCCAGAUAGUGCCUGGGAAAAUAAUACGUGCAUCACAAGAAAAAUACCCAAAAUGUGCACAUAAGGAUAGAUUUGCUGCAACACAGUUUUGUCUACAUUAUCGUGAAACUUUUUCCUGUCCCAGGGCAGGCAUGCUCGGCAAAUUGCAAGACCUGCCUGAUUCUCAGAGAGCUGUCAAUGAAUGUUAUUCUCAGCAAGCUGGGAAUAGAUUCUCCAGGCCAGAAGGAACUGUUAUCAGAUAUCUAUGGAUAGGCAUGAACCAUUUUGAAUCAUCAGAUUUUCAGUUUAAAAGAGUGUCCAGAUUUCAUAGUUCUCUUUGAUAAUUCUUUGGAAUUCAACAUUGUUAUUCAUAUACUGUCAUCUUAGAAUUGUAUUAUUUUCAUAAAAAAUCAAAAUGUACAGAAAGAGUUUGAUAUGGCCUGUUGUCAAGGACCAUAUAGAACCAAGUUUGCUGUAUUGGAGUGAUCAGAGGAAGAGUUCGGACAUUUCAACGCUUUCAAUGAAUUGUUAUGAUCUGUAAAUAUUAGGCCCACGCUGUGGCCCUGAGAGCGUAAAAGAAUGUAGUGAGAGUGUACUAUUAACCAUAUUGACGGUGCUCUACGGUGCGUCUCAAAAAUGCCAGGAUUGCAGAUCUUGACUUUCUGUGGUGAACACUGUGUAUUUUUGGUGCUGUUCUUGAAAGUGAAGAGUAAAGUCUAAGUGCUGUAAAUUAUGGAAUAUCUGCUAUUUUAUCAUGUGCCCUUUAAGUUUAGUAAGCUGCCUAAGUGAUAUUUAAGGAAUUGAAACUGAACUGGAGGUGUUGGUUGUUUCCCCAAACACUGCAAGGGUGGAGCUUAAUGUAGACCAAAACUGAGUCGCAUUGCUGAGAUUUGGGCGAAAUGGCAGCUCUAUCUGAGCAGUAAUUUGGUUCAGACUUUCCGAAUAAAACAAGUUUUUAUAAAUAUUCCUCGUCAUCUAUUAUGAUUCAUUGUGACAAAUGAUGCUUAUAUUUAAAUCAUGCUAUGGAUUUGGGGGGCAAAGUUGUCAAUCAAUUAACAAAAUUACCAAUCAAUCAUGAAUUUGCAAAAUUGUGCAUUAAGCCAAGAUGUCACCAAAAUGUAAAAGGAGUGCUUAUUAUUACUACCUGGAAAUGAAUGAUUAGAAAGAAAGCAUGAUUAGAAAGAAGAAAAUAUGAUUAGACAAGACAAAGCAGGUUCGAGUCCUCUUUGAAUCCUAGAUGUUGUUUGGGGGACAGACAACAGCUAGCUUCAAAAGAGAACUCCAACCCUCACCUGUAUACACAUUUACACUUUCACUCUUUAUUAUCGUUAAAAAGAGAUUGGUUCGGGUUGGACUCCCUAAAUCUCUGUUUAUUGAGGGGUGCCUAUAGGGGGUGUUGUCUAAGGCCUAUGAAUGUGUAUACAGGAUUUAAAGGCCUAAAUACUUAUCCAUGGUCUUCACCUGAAAUACUGAAAGAGCAGGCAUUCAAAGUACAAGAAAGUGCAUGAAUCCAAGAGUUUUUUAGUGCUUGAAUACCAAGUCUUAUCGAGAACAGAGUUCUGUCCAUCUUUAAUAGGACAAAGGCAAUGAUUUGGUCUUCUUGGAUGUCCCAUCCUUCCUUCAUGAUCAAGUCGCUCCUUCCUCCUGUUCACAGCCAUGUUGUCCUGUUGCUCAGAUACACCCUCCAUCCUGGUAGUAAAGACGAAGUACACAAAAUACAGUUCCAUCAAGAAAAGUCUGGCAUCCUCAGCAUCACAUUUCAAAGUUCAGAUUCCCAUCUUGUUUUGUCAUCAACAGUUUGGAUUUCCAGGCAGUCCAGUCCCUGACAUCCAUCAGUGUCAUCAUCACCUUGCCUAUUGAAUUUCCUCAGAAACCUCUGGGGUGUCCAGUGCAUCCAUUUCCACACCUCCGGUCAUGGUCACCUCCCCUUAUCUCUUGUCUCUGAUGGCCCACACAGCUUCUUGGAGAGCACCUGAAUGCUAGUUGUUCGUGCAAGAAUAUAAAAUAACUCAUACUCACAAAAUUCCUGUUUCAUCAGUAGGGCAGACUCUCAAACCAAAGAAAAAUGCUUCCACAAUUUGGAAACAUAAUUUUUUAAGAGAAUUUCUUUCAAAGGGCUUGGCUUACCCGCUUGGUGACUGAAAAUUUCAAAAUUCUUCCUAACUUCUGAGAUAUGGCGUCUUGAUAUUCUUUCAAAUCAUCGCAAAGCACAUACCCCAGAAAUCACGAGCAAUUCCAAAAUUACAGUAACUAAGCAUUCACUAACAAAAUUGAUUGAUUCCUUCUGAUUCUUAAAAAGAUUAUAAAAAAAUAUUUCUAGAAGUACAUGUAUAGGCAGAUCCAUGGGUCAAAGCCAAGCCUUUAUAUUUUAUGUCCCCCAGUUAGCCCACAAAAAGUGUCGAAAUUCAUUUGUACCACCAGUUCAGCCAUGCCCCACUGGAGCCAAUUCUUUCACCUGAAGCGUGAAUCUGAAAGAAAAAAGGAAGAGAAACAAUAAAUAAACCCUCAGGACAUCAAAACAAGCAACAAGAUUUUGGGAGUCAUUCAAGAUCUAAAAGUAUAUCAUGUGUUUUGUGUCACCCAGUAGUGGUGCCAGAAACUGAAAUUAUUGUGGACAGUUAUUCAUCAGCCUCAAGGAUGCUAAUUGAGGCCAUCAAAAUGAUACCAGGAAUGCAAUGAGAGAGUUUUAAAACAAUCAACCAAGUUUUGGGACAGAGUUACCAAAGUUCGAAAGUAUGUAAUGUUUUUUGUGUCACUUAGUAGUAGCUGUGAAAAUAGAUUUGAGAGAAUCAUCAUCUCAAUACUUUUACACCAUAGUUUGGUUUCUCUCUUUUUAAAGAAGGGUAAGUGACAUUAGGCCCUGCCAGUCCCAUGAGACCGAUUAUUUAGAAUUUCCCAAGUCAGCUACAGUGGCUAACCACCUAAUACCUUUUGACAAAUUGUUAGAGAAUACAAAAUGUCCCCCAAAGUUUUCAUCAACUUAUGAAUCAAUAUAAUGAUACUUUCCCUGAAACAGCUCCAACACCAGGUCAUCCAUCAAAAUUAAUCAAUUUAGUGAUGCGUACUGUUUACGUAAACGUUCACGUUGAAAAACUAAAUCUCACUAGUGCUCUUGAUUAUUCAUAAGGAGCGGCACGGGCGGCGACCCCGUAGUAAAAAUUUGCAUACCGCACGUCUUCUGCAUCCCACGAGCAGACGCUCAAUUCAUCGCGGCGAAAAGUUACGUUUUCAAGUUUUCUGAUCAUUUUCAAACCGAUCCACCAGCAAGAUCAGUUUGAUUGUAUCAUAAUUCGAUAAACAAUCAACAUGAAUUAAACCCUGACAAACUAGAAUUUGUUUUCAUGAUCAGAUUCAGCGACGAAAUGAAACAAUGUAUCUCGGCGUGCAUGUAUCCGCCCCUCGGGACAUUUUCUUUUCUGACAUUUUGAUGGGGAUUUUGGGUGAAAACUUUCCCAAAAAACUUUACUUGGUUAAGCUGUUGGUUACUCUAAGGUUAAACUAACUUCUGAAGACUAAAACCUAUCUAGACCGUGAAAAAAGAAACAAAAUUAUCAAAAUGGAAAGGGACAACUCACCUGCACAUCCGGCCAGGUCGCGGACUUCCAGUGAAAUGAAUUGAGGGAACCGGCAACCUCGUGCGGAGGGAUUUUUCCAGCUAUCUCCGCAGAGUGUGUCAAAGGAUGCAAGCUCAUUGGAGCGAGGAUGCAGGGGCCCUUGAAACCAGCUCCUUUGGCGCCUAUUUGCGGUCAGACAGUGCUGCAGACACUAGCACUGAUUUGACACGUGCCAGUUUUUUUGAGCAGGAGCGUCCCAUGAUUUCAAGCCCAGACCGUUUGAUACUCGAAAACCUCGAAUACAAGGUCUGAGGCUCCGCACCCAUUCAUUACAAUGGAGGAGGGAUUGUCAAGUUUCGCAUUGUUCUGUCAGCCAAUGACGCUGAUCUUGACUGACAAUCGAAGUGAUAUGCCGGGUCUCUUUAAUCAGAAGAAAUGAACCUACUAUAACUAGUGAUGUUGAUUUCGUUUCACUGUCAAUGUCUGCCAAGAUCAGACCGUGAUUAUAACACAUGCGACUCCAUUGGCCCAUGCCAUUGGUAAAAAAAUAAUACCUGACUUAUUGGUCCAUCCCCAUUCAAAACCAUUGCCAUGAAUUGGGGCGAAGCCUCAGAUCUGGUACUCGAAGUUUUAGAGUAUCUGUUUUGGGUAGGAGCAAAAGCUGUCUUUAUACUCAGCCACGUGCCGACACAGGUCGACCGUUCUACAAAAAAACAACGUAAAGCAGCUUUCGCCGAAGGAUGAGAAAUGGAGGGAUGACUGAGAAAGGAAAAUGGCGUUUUCGCACUGGAGACAGACAAUUCGUAUUACCAGUAUAAUAAAUCCUGUGAUCGUUCUAUUUAAUCGUGUAGUGUGAUGGAACAAUCACCCUGUCGAAACUCGUGCAAUUAUUAACUAUUCACAUUUUUAAAAUUUUAUUGUUAAAUUUCAUGGCAAUAAGUCGACAGACUUUAACUAUGAAGACACUUGCAUUUGGAUCAGCUGCUGCAGGUGCAAACUCACACAGAGCCGAAAUUUAAAAAAAAUCAGCGAUGUAAGGAACGAAAUCAGUGCCUCUAGUGUCAAGAUUGUUGCAGGUUCGCCCUUUAAAUUUGUUCUGUUGUCUUGGUGUGGGCUUUUAAAGGUAUACCUUACCGCCCACACUAAACUGUCAGUGUAUAUUACUUGUAUGCAUGUCAUUGUACAAUACAUUGAAGAGCAAAUGAAUAAAUGAAAAUAAAUAAGUUUCAAUGGA